AUGAAGCAUCUAUCAAUGGUUUACGAGUUACAAAUGCUGGUGUUAAAUUCUUUGGUGGUGGUACCAACAACAGCUACUUUAAUUUCGAAUGUACAAGAAGCUUAUUCACGUUAUAUGAAAGAUAAUGAAGAACACCAAAAAUUAAUUAAACAAAUUGAUGUUGUUAAUGGAAAACGUGCUUCUGAUGCUGAACAUGAACGAUUAGAAGAAAACAAAAUCGAAUUGUUAAAUAAACAAAAGAAUUUAUAA